GUGAGGGAGAGGUUGAUGAUUUUCUCCAGAUCUUUUUAUAGAUCCUCCUCUUCAACUGUGUUUUUUCCAAUUUCGCUUCCGCCUUGCCAAUUUGAAAGAUUGAUAAAAGGACACCUUUUCGAGUCUGCUCCAGCUAUUCAGGUCUCAGCAGUUCCCCUGCUCUGUCCUUCUCGUGUCAGAAAUACAUACUUCAAGAUUUUCAUCCUUUAUCAGUACAGGUUAUCUCUUAGAGGCUCCAGGAAGAUCAGGAUCAGCAUGGCAUCUCGGAACAAGGAUACAGCCGGGCAAGGCUUUGCUGCACAGUUGUUGAAAUCGGUGAAUGAAUAUCGAGCGAAACAUGGAGCGGGGCCACUGACCCUGAACCCAGCAAUCAGUGAGAAAGCUGAGAAGUGGGCAAAGAGUCUGGUAGAUUCCAGAACAUUGAGGCACAGCAACACAUCAUAUGGGGAGAAUAUCUGGUGUCAGCAAGGCUCUGGCAGUCUCCAGGUUACAGGAAAGGAAGUUGCAGACUCUUGGUACAAAGAAGUUAAAAACUAUAACUUCUCUUCUCCCGGAUUUCAAAAGAAUUGUGGCCAUUUCACACAGUUGGUUUGGAGAGAAUCCAAGGAGAUGGGGGCUGGCCUGGCAUCGGAUGGCAAAGAUCUCACCAUCGUGGUGGCCCAGUUCAACCCGGCCGGUAACAUCACCAACCCAGGCUACUUUGCUGAAAACGUCCUGCCAAUCGGCAGUGAAGUGAAGGAAGACGAGAGUGGCUCGGCACAACCAAACACUGUGGAAGGUUUUGCUGCACAGUUGCUGAAAUCAGUGAAUAAAUAUCGAGUGAAACAUGGAGCGGGACCAUUGACCCUGAACCCAGCAAUCAGUGAGAAAGCUGAGAAGUGGGCAAAGAGUCUGGUAGAUUCCAGUACAUUGAAGCACAGCGACACAUCAUACGGGGAGAAUAUCUGGUGUCAGCAAGGCUCUGGCAGUCUCCAGGUUAAAGGAAACGAUGUUGCUGACGCCUGGUACAAUGAAAUUAAAAAUUAUGACUUCUCCUCACCUAAAUUUCAGAAGAAUUGUGGCCAUUUCACACAGUUGGUUUGGAAAGAAUCCAAGGAGAUGGGGACUGGCCUGGCAUCGGAUGGCAAAGGUCUCACCAUCGUGGUGGCCCAGUUCAACCCGGCUGGUAACAUCACCAAUCCAGGCUACUUUGCUAGGAAUGUCCUGCCGGUCGGCUGUGAAGUGAAGGAGGAUGAGAGUGGCUCGGCACAACCAGACAGUGGUAAGCCACCAGGAACAGGCAAGGUGGCACCACUACCAGACAAGGAAGCAAAAGCAUUUCUUGCUGAACUGCUUCAAGAACACAACAGAUUGCGAGCCCUGCAUCAAUCACAGCCACUCCAGUUAAACUCGGAUCUCUCCAAACAAGCACAGGAAUGGGCAGAUCAUCUCGCUGAGACCCGUGCGCUCCAGCACAGUAACACCGAGUAUGGCGAGAACCUCUGGUACAAAUGGAGCAGUGAGGCAAAGCCACCAACAGGGACCGAAGUAAGUGAAUCCUGGUACAAUGAAAUCAAGAAAUACGACUUCAAAUCUCCUGGUUUUAAGAGUGGAACAGGCCACUUCACACAGAUGGUGUGGAAGGAAUCACAUGAGCUAGGUGCUGGCUGUGCUACAGAUGGGAAGGGUAUGUUCAUGGUGGUAGCGGUCUACAAUCCAGCAGGAAACAUCACCAAUCCCGGAUACUUCGAGAAAAAUGUGUUACCUCCCAGUAAAAACUAACCAAGGAAGAAGACAACUGGAGUCAAAUGUCAAACAUUGUACUAAUGUACACUGAUGAUUGCAUGGGAUUAAUAGGAAUUUCAUUUGGGGCUUAAUCAAUUUAAUUUAAAUAGGAUUGUUUUCCAAGUUUUGGGUGGAUUUUACCACAAUAUAUUUUUAACAAGAUCAUAUAACAGAAAAUUACUUAUCCCUGAUUUUAUUUUCUAUUCAUUUAUGGGAUGUGGGUGUCAUUAGCUAGGCCAGCGCUUAUUGUCCAGAGGGUUUGGAGGCACAUGUGGGCAAGAUGGCUGUUUCCUUCCCUAAAGGACAUUAGUGAACCAGAUGGGUUUUUCUAACAAUCAAGAUGGUCAUCAUUAGACUUUUAAUUCCAGAUUUUAAUUGAAUCUAAAUGCCACCAUCUGUCAUAGUGGGAUCAUUACUGGGGUCUCUGUGUUAAUAGUCUUGUGAUAAUAGCACUGGGCCAUUGUCUCCCCUUCCUUAGCUCCUUCAUUCGUACUAUGCUGUUAGCUGUUGGGAUGUAAUUCUUUCUUUCCUCCUCAUUUCCUCCCUUGAAAACGCUCAUUAAAAUCAACCUCUUUGACUACCUUCUUAUUAUCUCCUCAUGUGAUUCGACAUGACAUACUGAUUCCUGGGAUGGCAGGACUGACAUGUGAAGAAAGGCUGGAUAGAACCAUGGUUGUAGGUGAACGUGAGGA